CAACCGAGAGCAGGAUGAGGUCCCUCAAGCACCUGAAGCAUCACAGCAGGAGGAGUGUGGAGGAGGCGAGCCGGCGCCUGGGUAGAUGUGAGCCCAAGGUGAUGGCCAGGCUGGUGGACGCAGGCACACAGACAGACCCCGUCGUAGUGCUGUCCUUGGCCCAGGCCGCCGUGCUAGGUCUCAUCUCCCAGAAUGAAGUGUUCGGCGCCACCAUCGCCCCCAACGGCUUCUACACCGGCGAGCCCAAGGAGUCCCCCGCGCCACCAGUAGACGGAGUGGACUACGAGUACGCCGACCAGCUGAUCGGAGCCAACGGAGACUACCUGGGGGACACCUUGGGAGAGGACGGUCACAUGCAGCCCAGCUGCAGCCAGCGCCGCUGGCAACAGGGGCACCCCCAGCACCCCGACAGCAAGAUGGUGGGCCCCGACCGCCACGGCGUCCCGGGCGACGGGCCCUCGUCGCACGUCAAGGGGGAGGGCGUGGCCUCGGCCAUGAACUCCUGCGUCCACAUGCUGAACAGCAUGGCGCCGCGCGGCGGGCUGGUGCAGGUGGACCCCGCCUCCCUGCGCUCCAGCAAGAGCUGCAGCGAGUGUGACCGGGACGCGCCCGGCCCGCCGCAGCAGCAGCAGCAGCAGGCCAACGCCCACGUGCACGGCCCCCCGCCGCAGGUGGGCCACAGAGGAGGUGCGGGAGGAGGAGGAGGAGGCGUCGGCGGUCCCGGGGGUCCCGGGGAGCAGGGCCACAGAGGAGUCGGCGGGCCUCGCGGCAUGGGGCCCCACGGCAUGAUGAAGGCCAGCCAGCAGGACGAGGCCAUCAGCAGCUACUUCCAGACCAGCGAGGUGGGCAGCUACGACUCCGGGGACAUGGGCAUGGGGGGCGACUACGAGGACAGCGGCCAGGGGAUGAUGUGGGCGGACGGCGGGGGAGGGGCGGCCGGAGGGGGGGGCGGAGGCGGCGGCGGCGGUGGCGGCGGCGGGCCCGGAGGGGCCGCGCCGGCCACGACGGCGCCAGGGGCGGGGCCCCACGCACAGCACCAGCACCCGCCGCCCCCCCGCCGCCACGGCGGCCGGCGCGUGGACCGCCUGGACAUCAACAUCCAGAUCGACGAGUCGUACUGCGUGGACGUGGGCGACGGCCUCAAGCGCUGGAAGUGCCGCAUGUGCGACAAGUCGUACACGUCCAAGUACAACCUGGUCACGCACAUCCUGGGCCACAACGGCAUCAAGCCGCACCCCUGCCCCCAGUGCGGCAAGCUCUUCAAGCAGCCCAGCCACCUGCAGACGCACCUGCUCACCCACCAGGGCACGCGGCCCCACAAGUGCACCGUGUGCAAGAAGGGCUUCACGCAGACCAGCCACCUGAAGCGCCACAUGCUGCAGCACACCGACGUCAAGCCCUACAGCUGCCGCUUCUGCCGCCGCGGCUUCGCCUACCCCAGCGAGCUGCGGGCCCACGAGGCCAAGCACGAGCGCGGCCGCUGCCACGUGUGCUCCCAGUGCGGCAUGGAGUUCCCCACGUACGCCCACCUCAAGCGCCACCAGACCAGCCACCAGGGCCCCCACACCUUCCAGUGCACCGAGUGCAACAAGUCGUUCGCCUACCGCAGCCAGCUGCAGAACCACCUGCUGAAGCACCAGAGCCCGCGGCCGUACACCUGCUCGCAGUGCGGCCUGGAGUUUGUGCAGCUCCACCACCUGCGGCAGCACUCGCUCACGCAUAAGGGGAUGAAGGGACACAAGUGUGACGUGUGCUCCCGUGAGUUCACGCUGUCCGCCAACCUGAAGCGCCACAUGCUGAUCCACAACAGCAUCCGACCCUUCCAGUGCCACGUCUGCUUCAAGAGCUUCAUCCAGAAGCAGACCCUUAAAACCCACAUGAUCGUACACCUGCCCGUCAAACCCUUCAAGUGCAAGGUGUGCGGUAAGUCUUUCAACCGAAUGUACAACCUGCUGGGCCACAUGCACCUCCACGCGGGCAGCAAGCCCUUUAAGUGCCCGUACUGCACCAGUAAGUUCAACCUGAAGGGCAACCUGAGUCGCCACAUGAAGGUCAAGCAUGGCAUGGACGUCUCCCCCGAGGGACAAGAAGGUCUUCCCGAGAUGGAGGGCCAGUCCGAUUACGAAGGUCAAAACUUCAACUUCACGUCGCCCGACAAUAUGGACAACGGUGGCUCCCAAAACCUCACUAAACUCACAACAGCAAAUAUGGACGAUAUGGAGGAGUAUUACAACUUUGGGAAGGAUACCAGCAGCUACACUACACCAUGAAUGGUGACAAUAUAGAGAAGCUCUUGGUUGUGUUUUUCUUUUUUUCUUCUUCCUAGGCAGAAAAAAGUACUAAAAUUGCUGUCUGGGUGCGUUGAAAGAAACUGGAGUGCUUUUAUUUUAUUUUUUUGCCAUUUUGGCACCAAGGAGCCAGAACAGUCGAACUCUGAAGCCAAGACGGUGAUGCACUUGGACUAAGACCUUGUUUUAACUUGAGCGCUCGUAGCAGCGUCUCAGAGACUGUCGACGCUGUCGGCCCCUUGAGCUCCUUCUUGGAACUACCGCUCUUUACUGACUCAACAAAAAAAAGAAAAAAACAUUUGGGCGGAAUCGCCAAAUCUCUAUGUUGUGUGUAUGUGUCAGUUAUUUAACAAACAAAAAAGAAAAAGAGAGCGCAGCCAUCGCGGUUUCAUUUGAUGUGCUAGAGUUUUGUUUACCAUUACAUAAUUCACAGGAGAGAAAAAAAAAAGUAAGCCCUUAUAUAUUUUUACUGAAAGUGCCAGAUGGAUACGUUUGCAACUGAACUUUCAUCGUGCCGGGUCUAUUUACUCACUGUAUAUCGAGCGUUUGAUACAUAGUCACAACAUAUUGAUAGGUUUCAAUAUACAUACUAAACAAUUCUAAUAGUGGGGACCUGUUCCUAGCCAAUCUUCGGUCAGAACAAAUUGGUAUUUAAAGUGUGUGUGUGUGUGUGUGUGUGUGUGUGUGUGUGUGUGUGUGUGUGUGUGUGUGUGUGUGUGUGUGUGUGUGUGUGUGUGUGUGUGUGUGUGUGUGUGUGUGUGUGUGAGUGAGAGAUA